AGUUACAUUUGCAAAAGUCAUAUUAGAAGGCCAUGCCUUUCUAAUGAAUUGUUUGGAUAUUACAUAAAUAUUCUGUGGUAGUUUUAUAAAUAUCUUAGUAUUUUGAGAGAUUUUCUAUGAUCUCCACCGCACUGCUGUUUGGUUUUGCUAUAAAUUUAAUGAGGUAUGUUCAAUUUUUCCAAAAGCUGUCAAAACCAAACAAAGUUUAAUAUAUCUAUUUGAUCACUUCAAUUCUUUUUCUUUGGUACGAUUACAUAUCUUUUGAAUACAUAUAAAAACUUUUCUGUUCUCUGAAGUAUUUUUGGUGCUAGACGUCGGAUAAGUAUACUAAUAUUUGUUGAUGAAAUAUAAAUAAGUGAAUAAACUAAUGGCAAGAUAAACUAAUUCAUCAAUAAUUCUAUUUGUUUUAAAUAAAAAUAUAUAGUGAAGCUUUCGACCUCUCUCAAAGGGUCAUUAUUAACACUAAAGUUAUAUGACAAAAAUUUACAGAUAAUAUAUGAGACAAUUUUUCUUAUCUUUUUUUCCUCUUUCGUUCUGUUCUGAACAUUGCACUGAGACAAAAUCAUUUCUCACCUUCAUAGUGAAAUGUUCAGAACAGAACGAAAGGAAAAAAAAGGGGAAAAAUUGUCUCAUAUAUUAUCUGUAAAUUGCUUUCAUAUAACUUUAGUGUUCAUAAUGACCUUUUAAAAGAUGUCAAAAGCAUCACUGUUACUUUCGUUUAAAAUAAAUAAUAUGGCGAAUAACUAGAGACAAUGCAUUAGGCCAUUAUAGCGAGAGAAAAGAAUACAUCUUUCGAAAAUAAUUCAAUCAUAUCCAUAAAAUGCAAAAUAUGUAACCAUUAUAUAGUCAGAUCGAAUUCAACAGCGAAACAAAGAUAUAUAUAUAAAGAAUGCGAUGAACACUUACUGCCAUUAUCAUUUAUCAACGACAAUGAACAAGAAUCGGAUAGUUCAGCAGAAAGUGAUCAAUGGGAAAUCUUUUUUGAUACAGAAGAUAGUGAAAAUUUACUUGUUCGUCUCAGUAAUUAUUUAAAUUUGGAUUCCGCUGAUGAUACUGGACUUAGUUCCGAUGAAGACCACGAUCAAAAUAUUAAGAAGAAAUUCAUUGAUGAAGAUUUCAAUUUUCAGUUGCCGAGCUAG